AUGUCAGACAAAGAAGAACAGACCUUUUCGAUCCACACUCAUGACCUCUGUCUUGUUUCCUCAAUUGACCUCACGUCCUACGCAGCGAAUGACCCGAACAAUGACCCCGCGCUCCACAGCGACGGGCUUCGCUCUGCUGCCCAAGCUGCCCAUGAGGCCAAGCCUGGCCCUCAGAUUCUGAGCUCCGAGCAGGCAUCUAGGCUCGAGGAGCCCCUCAGCAAGGAUGAGCUCGCCAAGCGCUCGGCCGAGCUCAAUCAGUAA